GGAUUCUGGCAUUAAGAGGUUAACGUUUGGAUGGCGAAAAAUUAAGGGGUCGUUUGGUUGCUGGUUAGAGUUAUGCAGGUCUGCGUUUGGAUGGCGAAAAAUUAAGUGUUUUAUGUAGUUAAUGUAUGUAAUACUCUACAUUAAGGAAGGAAAUUUAAGUCAUUAGCAAAAAAACAAGAGAAACAAGAGAAAUAGAUGGGCCGAGACCCAUCUAACGGGGAUAUAAAGGAUUUGGAGGAAGAUUUAGGCAUUACUGCCAUCAAUUUCCUUAAAGUAUCAAAAGUGAACUUGGGAAAUUGCAAGGAGAAAAUUGGGGGAAAACAAAGGAAGAUCUCAAGGCCAUAAAGAGAAGUCUAGAUUAGAAACAUGGACCUUAAACCAUUCAAAUUAGACAUUGAUGAGCUUAUAAAUGAGUUUGCCAAGGGUGGAUCUCCUACUUUCACCGAAAUGAAGAGAGUAUGGGUUUCUAAAAAGUUCUCCUAUAUUUUCGAGGCUAGUCCGUCUAAAGAUCAGGCAUGCUUUAUACAAUCACUCUAUGCCUACUGCACUGGUUACAUGGUGUCUACUCAUUCUCUAUUGAGUAGACUGGGUGGCCUAUAUUGCCUAUAUUGCCUUUAUGAGACACAGCCAUUCAAGCCUCCUUUCAAGAUUUAUAUAUCUCUGGGAGAGUUAAAGAAUCUUAGGAACCUUGUUGUUGAGGCAAAGGCCAAAGAUGUUAAAGUAGUCCCAGCUCUAGCUAAACGUAUGUUAGAUAGGAACAUGUUUCUUUUUGGAUUUGUGGAUGUGAAUGAAGCCUCUGCAGCGGAGAGAUUAGAUGAACUGACAGAAGUACAAAAUGCAAGUAUCCGAAUAGCAUGCAAAAAGUUAUUUUCAAACAGCCGGAUUGAGCACUUCACCCACUUGGAUAUGGGGUCGGAGCUUGAGGUGGAUUUGCUCAGGCAAAAGUCAGAAGAAUAUGCAAGGGCCAAAGAUCUAGCCAUUAAAGGGGCUGGUGACAUGGUGGAUGUAGAAAGUAUAAAGCACAUAACAGAAAACCGGACAUUGAUAGGAGACGUGUUUGAGAAGACUGCUGAUGACUGGAAAGCUCAGAAGGAAUUAUUUUAUCAACAAACAGGCAUUCAUCCGCAGCCUGUCAAAGACUCACUUAAUACUGUGCGAGAAGAGCAGGAAAAGUCCUCCCAACAAGAAGUGGCUGAAGAGCAAGAUGGCAAUGACGACUUCAGUAAGGAACUAGAAGAAGUGUUAUUGUCUGAGCAGAACGAUUUUGACUUCGACGAAUAGGGGAAAACUAGUUUUGUAUUUAGAAAAUGGAUAAAUUUCUAGAAGGUUUAUCGCUAAAUUAUAAGUAUGCUUGUAAAUGAUGUUCGCAGCUAACUAUGAAAGAGCUUGCAGUUCCAGUAGACUGUUUUGUACAUUAAACAUGCUCCAGAAAUGGUAGACAGAUGAAAAUUUUUGUUGUU